AUGCAGUCUGUAUUUCUAUUGCUCUGGGCUGCCACUCUCUCGAGUGCUAAGCUUUUUGUGAAUUAUGAUGAGAAGCUGGAAGGUCGCCCCAAAGUAUACACGGUGGUGAAAGAAGAAGUUGGGCGACUGGAUAUUCCAUCAAAAUCGGGCCAUACGAACAAUGAUAGCAAAGUGCCACCUGGCAUUGACUUGAAGCCCAGAGAAGCUCUCGACAUCUUGCUCGGCAAGCGCCAAACUUGUGCUCAGGGUUACGGAUAUUGUCCCAGUGCUGGAGGAUGCUGCGUCACGAAUAGCCUUUGCUGCUCUUAUGGGUAUUGCCAUACUCAAGGAUCCGCGUGCUGUCCGACUGGUCCAUGUGGCCAAGGCCAGACUUGUUGCGGCGUCAGCCACUGCAUGCCCACAGGAGAUCAAUGCUGUGAAGACGAAUCUCAUUGCCCUGCAGGCAAUAACUGUUAUCUUUCUUCACUGUCCAACGGCAUUGUUUGUUGCACCGACGCAAAAUGCACGGCUCACGUUGAUGAUGGAAAGACUACUUACGCUCGAACAACCACGACAACGCACACGUAUACUACUACGUAUUAUCAAACCUACUACUGGACGGUAACUUGGUACUAUUGGUAUUAUUACUGGACGUACUCGAUCGACAUUCAAGCAUCCAUCGUGACCUCCACGCGCUCAACCACCCAAACCGUUUUCAGUGUAAAGACGACCGACGCAGGCGCCGCUUCCGAAUACUUCAGCGAAAAGUCUAGAACACUGUCUCUUCCUACACCCGCUGCCGCCACCUCUCUCGAGUCUUUGGCUGGGAGCACAUCAUUCCUAUCAACGCCAUCGUCGAAAGAUCCAAGCCCCAGCCCGAGUUCAAACCCAGGUCCCUCUAGUGAGCCAAGCAUAACUGAGAUACCCAGUGCUCCUUUGGACCCCAUCCCCAGCACAGGCAGGCCUGACGAUAACGAAAGUAGCAGCUCAAGCGAGAGUCGUAGCAGCUCGACUACUACUCUCCUUCGAAGUGGUGGUGAUGAUGGUGGCAGUCCUCCAAAGAAUGGAGGCAGUGGGUCUUCGGGCGCAAAGCCAUUAUGGGCUGGCUCAGACUGGAAGAGUCUUUGGGUUCUUGCGCUUGGUGUUGGAACUGGGGUGCUGGCCGCAGUUCUUUAA